CUGCGGUACGCGUUAGUGGUUUUUUGGGGAUUCAUUAAAGUUUGUUAUUGGGGAGUUCCUUAUUUAUAUAAUAGAUAAAAAGCGAUGGAGAAGCUCAUGUCAGCCAAAACAUGUCUUAAACUGCUGCAGGUUAUGCCCGGCGUGCAGCAGGCUGCCACUCCUGUUAGCCUGGGUGCUCUGGCUCCUCCGGUCCAUAAUUUGCUCCAGAUGCAGCAGGUUCGUCACCGACAAACCAAACACUGGCAGCCCGAGUUUAAGCGCCUCCGGAAGCAAAAGUUUGUCAAAAUGGAGAUACCCAAUCUGCGCGAGAAACAGGAAGACAUCAGCAAGGAGGAGAUGCGCAGCCGGAUGAAGGAGCGUGGUGUCCUACCGCCCCGGCCCUGGAUGGAGCGCCCCUUCCACAUCAGUUGCACUGGCGGCAUCUUCGAGGCUUACGUCCCGCCAGAGGGCGAUGGCAAGAAGUCGAUUAUCUCGACAUCGGGCGCUAAGCAAAAGCUUGAGUUUCUAGAGAAGAAGUCCAAGAGCCUAAUGGCAGUGCGUAAGAUCCGCUCCUACGAGGAGAGUUUUAGCACCGACGAUUUUGGCGCCGAAGCCCAGGAUAUCUACAUCCAAGCCCACACGCACAUGGCCGCCAAGGAGAAGUACAAGAUCCGCGAGUUCGUCAGCGAGCGCUGCUACCCGGAAAUGAUGCACAACGUUAAGGACAAGACCAUCCGCUGGAAGUUCCUGCAGUCACUGGAGCCUCCGCGCGUCGUCCAUGCCCGCGUCACCGAGGUGAUAACAAAGGAAAACCAGUUUGCCCAGGUCACAGUGCGCUUCCACAGCCAGCAGAUGCUAGCCAUCUACGAUCGCUUCGGCCGGCUGAUGCACGGCAGCGAGAUCCUGACCAAGGACGUGCUGGAGUACGUCGUGUUCGAGAAGCACAUCUCCAACGAAUACGGCAAGUGGCGGCUGCACGACAAGAUCAUCCCCGACUGGCUACCGCCCAGGCAACCGGCUCCCAUCACCUACCGCCUCAUUGAGGAGGAGGAGGAGCCCGCCAAGGAGCUGGUUGCUGGCGAGGAGAGCAAGCAACUGGAGGCGGGCAGCGAACAGCCCAAGGAGCAAUUGCAGCUGGCUUCCCCGGCUGAGAGCCGGUCAAAACCGUCGUUGGCCAUUUGAUUGUACUUUCUGUGGGCCGCCUGGCGGCUCAAAAGAAUGCGCGUUGUUAUUGCGGAAUGAUUUGUGAAUUAUAAUUUUAAACGAAAUUUUAAUUUG